AUGACCCAAAAUUUUGAAGAUAAAAACUCAGUUUUUUCUGGAAUGUUUUCGCUCCUUUGCAAUUUUUCAGGCUCUUCAACAAGCCUAAGCCUUCCAAAAAUUUUAUUUGAUGAAGAAAAUCAAACUGGAGAUACUGAACAUAGGAGAAGAGCCAAAAAGCUUAAGGAUAAAAGCAGCCUAAAGAGCUCUAGAAAGAGAAUUACUGCUUGUCCUCAUGUAAACAAACGACAUUAUGCUAAGAAUAUGUGCAAUAACUGCUACCACAGGGUAGGAAGGGAAAAGAAAGCAUGGGCAUGCCCUCAUGAAGAGCGCAAGCUAUAUGCCAAAGGAAUGUGCCAGUUUUGCUACUUACAAAGUUAUCAUAAAGCGAGGUCUUACAGCGUCAUCAAAAAUGAGAGUUUCAGUAUUUAA